CAUCCUUCCUUUCCCCUCACACCAACAACUGGUUGCCUGAUCCUGCCAGAUACCUUCCCCGCAUCCCUCCUCCAAAGCCAGGGGAAUUGUCUCCCACCCCGUACCCACUCUCGGGGCUGCUGGGGCAGCCCCUACAGAAACCAGCAGCUCUGGAGGCCUUGGCCCCAGGGGAGUUGGGAGGACGCAGGUGCAGGGUUGGGUGGGGCAGGGGGCGGGCAUCCUCACCCCCCAGCACACACAAUGGGAGGGCCAAGCUCUGGCUUUUGACCCCAGACACUGGUCGCCAUAGCAUCCAGGAUCCUCACAGGCUGCCCUGCUCCCAGAGUGCCCCUGAGCAGAGGAAGCUGGGGAGCCGGGGGCGGAGAGGGGUGUCUGCUUCACUCUAGGGCAUCCCGGGACGGAGCAGGAUGGGCGGGCGGCCUUCAAGCCCCCUGGACAAGAGGCAGCAGCAGCACCUGAGGGACCAGGUGGAGGCCCUGCUGAGGGACUUCCUGCCUCAAUACCGCGUACAGCUGGCCGCCUCUGUCCUGCAGCAGAUUUCCCGGGAGCUGGUCCCCCAGGAGCCGGCUGGAUGCCAACUGCUACACAGCAAAAAGCUCCCCCGAGUCCGUGAGCACCGCGGGCCCCUGACCCAGCUGCGGGGCCACCCACCCCAGUGGCAGCCCAUCUUCUGUGUCCUGCGUGGGAAUGGCCACCUGGAGUGGUUCAGCCACAGGGAGGAAUAUGAAAAUGGGGGCCGUCCUCUGGGCUCCGCGGCCCUGACAGGGUACACAGUCCUGACUUCCCAGCGCGAGUAUCUCCACCUGUUGGACACUCUCUGCCCAGACUCCUCAGGAGACCACACGCAGGAGGAGCCUGACCCCCUCCUGGAAACGCCCGUGAGCUUCCCCCUGUUCCUGCAGCACCCCUUCCGAAGGCACCUCUGUUUCUCUGCAGCCACAGCGGAGGCCCAGCGCGCGUGGAGGCUGGCCCUGCAGGGUGGCAUCCGGCUCCGUGGCACAGUCCUACAGCGAAGCCAGGCCCCCGCCGCCCGUGCCUUCCUGGAGGCCGUACGGCUCUACCGGCAGCACCGAGGCCACUUUGGCCACGACGACAUGACGCUGGGCUCGGACGCGGAGGUGCUGACCGCAGUGCUGGUGCGGGAGCUGCUGCCGGCGCUGCGAGCCCAGACCCAGCCGGGCUUGCGCGGGGCCGGCCGAGCCAGGGCCUGGGCCUGGACCGAGCUCCUGGAUGCGGUUCACGCCGCUGUCCUGGCCGGGGCCUCCGCAGGGCUCCGCGCCUUCCAGCCCGAAAAAGACGAGUUGCUCGCGGCCCUGGAGAGGACGAUCCGCCCCGACGUGGACCAGCUGAUGGGGCUGCGGGGGCGCGUGGCAGGGAAGCUGCGGACCGAAGUCCAGGGCGCCCUGGAGUGCUGCCUGCGCAGAAGGGUGGACGCACAGCUGCCCCGGGUCAUGCAGACCCUGCUGGACAUGGUGGAAGCAGCACUGGCGGCCGUGCAGACCCUCCUAGCCCAGGGCAUGGACCGCCUGGGCCGCCACCUGCGUGGGAAUCCCUCGGGCGCCCGGCUGCGGAAAGAGGUUUACUCCUUUGGGGAGAUGCCGUGGGAUCCGGAGCUGAUGCAGGCUUGCUACCGCGAGGCUGAGCGGGGCCGGGGCCGCCUGGAGCAGCUGGUGGUGCCCUUUGGCUUCCUCGGAGCACGAAGUCUGGUGUUUGGGGCCCAGGAUCUCGCACAACAGCUCAUGGCCGACGCCGUGGCCACCUUCCUGCAGCUGGCUGACCAGUGUCUGACCAGUGCCCUGGACUGCAACCAGGCUGCUCAGCAGCUGGAGAAAGUCAGGGGGCGCGUGCUGAAGAAGUUCCAGUCGGACAGUGGCUCAGCGCGGAGGAGGUUCGUCCGCGGGUGGCAGCUCUGCAUCUUUUUGCCCUUCGUGCUGAGCCAGCUGGAGCCGCGCUGCAAAGCGGAGCUGCUUGAGUUGGAAGGGGACGUUCUUGCUGUGGGCAGCCCCGCCCUGACCAUCGAGGGCAUCUAUGAGGAUGUCAUCCGGGGGGUCCUGCAGCAGAGGAUCGACGGAGAGCUGAAAAAGGCCCUCGGUGCCAGCAACGUAUCCUGUACUCUGGACAGCUGCUCGGAGGACCCAUGGGACCAGGCGGGAGCAGAUGAGGAAACUGAGGCUCAGAGAGGGACUUGCCCCAAGCAGCCAGGCUCCCGCACUGAGGCCCAGCCGCUCUGCCCGCUGCUGCCUCCAAGGACGUUCCGGAGCUGAUCUGCCCACAGCCAUCUUCGUGCCAGCAGAGAAAUGUCUCCCAGUGGGAAUUCCGGGUCAAACGAACCAAGCCAAGGCUCUCACAACCAGCUCACCUCCGCCUCACUCCUCUUCUGAAGGGCCGCGCCUUCUCACAUCUCCACCAGCGGAAUUUGUGCAUGUUCUCCAGAUCCUUUCCAAAUAUUAGGAAUUUUCAUCAAAGAAAAAAAUGUCAACUUGAUGGGCACACACAUUUCAUUUUUUAAUUUUGAAUUUCUCUGAUGACUGAAAUGAAUCUAAAAAUGUUUAUUGGCCAUUUAUAUGUUUGUGGGUU